UUCUCUAUGAUCCCUUCCCCUUCAUCAUGGCUCCGUCCAGUUCAUAAACUUAGUAUGCGUUACAGCUUUGCUCACGAAAUAAAAGACCUGAGUGGAAAGUUAGAUGAGCUUUUUAAAGAGAGAGUCGGUUUCGGGUUUGAGUUGAAUAGGGGUACUAAAGUAGUUGAGCGACCAACAACUACCUCCCUUGUUGAUGUGUCUAAAAUUUGCGGUCGUGGUAAGGAAAGGGAGGAGCUAGUGAGCAACCUCUUGGGCAAGGAUAGCCAAGAAGAAAAGAGCCCCCAUGUCAUCUCCUUAAUAGGCAUGGGAGGUAUGGGAAAAACGACUCUUGCCCAACUAGCUUACAAUAAUGAUGAUGUGCAGGCCCAUUUUGAAAUGCGAAUAUGGGUAUGUGUUUCUGAUCCUUUUGAUCAGAUUAGGGUUGCCAAGGCAAUUGUUGAAUCGAUUGUAGGUCAAUCCCCUAACAUUACCGAAUUGCAAAAUCUAGUAAAUAGAAUUUGUUAUUUGAUAAGAGGAAAGAAGUUUUUUCUUGUCUUAGAUGAUGUGUGGUCUGAAAAACCCAAUGAUUGGGAGCCAUUCGAACUUGCACUCAGACGUGGGGCUCAAGGUAGUAGAAUUUUGAUCACCACACGUAAGGAGGGAGUUGCAAAGAUGGUAAAUAGUGCUUAUACCAUGAAUUUGGAGGUACUGUCUAACGAAGACAGCUGGUUGAUAUGCAGUCAAAUGGCAUCUGUUGACAAAGACGAUGAGCAACUAGGAAAACUUGGUCGAGAACUAGCAAAUAAGUGUAAGGGCUUGCCACUAGCUGCAAAGAUUCUAGGGAGUGUCAUGGGCAGCCAAAGAAGUAGGCAAAAAUGGAAGACUAUUUUGGACAGUAAUUUAUGGGAAUUAGAUGAAGUUAAAAAUGGCAUUUUUUUAGGACCAUUAUUAUUUAGUUAUAAUGAGUUGCCAUCAGCAAUAAAACAAUGCUUCUUGUAUUGUGCUAACUUUCCAAAGGAUUAUCGCUUUUCUAGAAAUGAGUUGGUCUACCAAUGGAUGGCACAUGGAUAUUUGGGCUCAGAAUCUAAUAUGGAGGAUAUGGGAGAAAAGUACUUUGAAAAAUUAGUUAUGCACUCCUUCUUCCAAGAUUUUGAGAAAGACGACAAUGAUGAUGAUAAGAUAAUAAGAUGCAAAAUGCAUGAUAUGGUGCAUGACUUCGCUCUAUUAAUGACAAAAAAUGAAUGCUUCACAAUUGAUGUUGACAAAGUGUUGGGGAUAGAUUGGAAAAGUGCUCGCCAUUUGACAUUAGAAUUGAAUGAGGAAACACAAUUUCCAAUAUCUAUCUAUAAUGUAAAAAAUCUACGGACUCUUUUUCUACGAUCUCUUCCUUAUUUUGGAAGAAUGGUCUUCUCAUCUGAUUUAUUCCAGCAUUUGACAUGCCUCCGGUCAUUGAAUUUGAAAGGACCUUCCUUUGAGAAAGUUCCAAAUGAAGUGGAAAAAUUAAAACAUUUAAGAUUGCUCAAUUUAUCAAAUUGUUUUAAAAUUACAGAAUUACCUGAAACGUUGUGUAAUUUAUGUAAUUUACAAACUUUGGAUAUUAGUGAUUGUGGUGAAAUUAGGAAAUUACCCCAAGGAAUGAGUAAAUUAAUUAAAUUAAGACAUCUUCUUAUUGAUGGGUGUGAUGGAUUGACCGAACCCUUUCCAAAAGGGAUUGGAAGAUUGAGUUCUCUCAAAACAUUAGAGAAAUUCAAAAUAGGGGGUAUAAACCAUAUUGGGGAAUGUAAACUUGGAGAGUUGAAGAAUCUAGUCCACCUUAAAGGGUCUCUUGAGAUAGGAGGCCUGGAAAACGUAACAGAUGUACAAGAGGCUGAAAAUGCACAACUAAAAAAUAAGAUACACCUCCGUAAGUUGAGAUUACGGUUUGGUGUGCUAGAUAAGAAUAGAAGAGGGGAGAAUGAUGAAUUAGUUCUUAAUGCGUUGGAGCCACAGCCAGACUUGGAGAGUUUAUCGAUUCAUUACUACAGGGGUACAGGGUAUCCUAAUUGGGUGAUGUCUUUGACCAUUUUGAAAAAGCUUGAGCUUGAGUCGUGGGAUAAGUUAGAGCAAUUGCCUCCUCUGGGGAAGUUGCGUUUCCUCGAAUCAUUAGAUAUAAGGCAUUCGAAUAGUAUGAAAAAGGUGGGUGUUGAAUUUUUGGGAAUAGAAUCCAAUGGGAAGAAGGAUGAGGAGAAGGGAUCAACAUCAUCACUUAUCUUAUUCCCGAAUUUGAAAUCUCUCUAUUUUUGGGGAAUGGAGGAGUGGGAAGAAUGGGAUGGGAUGGGAGAAAGUGGUGUUUCAGAAUCAGUUUUAAUUAUGCCACGUCUUCAGGUUUUGAAAAUUCAAUAUUGCCCAGAGCUAAAGUCACUGCCCAACUACCUUGAGAAAACUUCGUUAAAGGAUUUGAGUGUCAAUUGUCGAAUUUCCAAUUGGAUGACGUUUGCAACAUUAUCCGGAUUGAAAACACUUAGUCUCUGUCUGAAUAACGACGUAGAGCAUUUGCCCCCAUUGGGGAAGCUGCUGUUGGUCGAACCAUUAGAUAUAUAAGGUGGUGCCGGUAGAGUGAAAAAGGUGGGCGUUGAAUUUUUGGGAAUAGAAGAAGAAUCCAACAACAACAACAAGAUAGACGACGAGAAGGGAUCGACAUCAUCAUCAUCUUCUUCUUCGCUUGUCUUAUUCCCUAAUUUAAAGUCUCUCACAUUUGAGAGUUUGAGAGAGUGGGAAGAAUGGGAUGGGAUUGGAGGAACAAUGAGAGAAGAAGAAGCACAAGAAAGUGGUGUUACUAUCACUAUUAUGCCACGUCUUCAGUCUUUGAAAAUAUAUUAUUGCCCCAAGCUGAAGUCGCUGCCAGACUUCCUUCCUACAAUUCCAUUGAAGAAACUGAUGAUCAGUUUUAGUCCAAUUCUCAGUGAAUGUUGCAAAGCAGAGAUAGGAGAUCAAUGGCCCAAGAUUUCUCACAUAUCCAACAUCAGCAUUCAUUGAAGAACUGUGCGAAUAGAUGGUCGUCCAAUGCAAACUUGAAUCUCAGUUCGAUUGGGGCUCUGCAAGUCGCAUCCAUUCAGAUAAUGCCUUAUUAAACCAGAAAUCAAACGACAAGCAUAUUUUGUGCUGGAGAAAAUUUGCGCGUAUGGAUGCAUGUUUGUAAAACACCCACAAAAGAAAGGCUUGCAGUUUGUAUCACAUACUGACAAAUGAAAGGUCAGCAAGGUUAAAGAGUUUGAAUCCUGAGGAGUGCAUGUGGUUUUCUUGUCCUUUAGAUUGAAGUGUUUCGUGCAAAUAAAGAGGGAGAGAGUGGGAUGUUAGCACUGGGAUAAGAGGGAAUAACUAGAUAGAAGUUUGUUGUUUGUUUGUCUGUUAAUGCCAUCCAUGGUUGGAUAAUUUUGGAAUGACAAUGUAAAAGGCGAAGAGUAGUAGACUGGACCAGUUCAAAAAUUCCCCAAAUUCUGGAAUCAAGGCCAUUCAACUUUUUGUUUAAUAUGGGCACUUUGAUUAUAGGUCUCCUACAGAGGCUGAAGUGAUUCUUUACAUAGAAGAGUGCGAUGUAUAAGAGGUGACCACUGGUCAAGAAGAAAAAAUUACAAAUACCUUGGCUUUGUUAGUUGGAUGGAAAGAGUUGGAUACUCUUUUUUGGAGCAACAUUCGUGGAACGGUGGAAGUGAAUAACAUUUUCUUAAUAGUCUAUUACAACUUCUUUGCUGCCUCAAUCUUAUCCUCACUCAACAAGUUUCCUCUAUGGUUAUGGUUUAUUUCCUUCAUGAGAUAGGGUGAACUCCAAACUAUGUGUCAUUUGGGAAAGCACAUCUUGCACAAGAGGGAAUGGUCAUGCGAAAGAUUUUGGCACCAUGAUUGGAACAUCUUGAGGGGUUAGUUGCAUCUCCAAAGCUGUCUGCAGAAUUCAGGAGCAGAGCAUGUUGCAAAAUUUGUACUUUCGUGGAGUAGAUGGGACUUGGAAACAACUUCUGUGAUAUUAAUAUGAGGAAACUAGAAGGUGUGCUCUCAAAGUUGUUAUGGAUGGACUUCCUAAAACCAUUGAUAAAGACAUAUUGGAAGUCUGGGAUGCUUUGAAUAAUUUGUGGCCACAGAAAAAGGUCCUUGCUGUUUACAUACCAUAAACGAGGCUUAUUAAGCCUGUGUUUGAAGUUCUAUACAUAGAGAAUGGUGUUGUGCACUACAGAUGAUUACAGAAUGCUGAAGAUAAAUGUACUUUGUAACUACUCCCUCUCCCUCCAUUUCUGGUUGAGGCAAAGUGAACUUGAAACAAUGUUCCUCAUGGAAGAAAAUCUUGUGCAAGAGGGAAACGUCAUGCAAAAGUUGCACUUGCUUGGAGUAAAUGGAACUUGAAGAGGGACUCUAUGAUCUAUGUGGUAAUGAAUUCGGGUUAGCGCAAAUAUUGGCUUUCUUGUUGCAGAGGAAACUAGAAGGCGUGCAUUCAAAAAUAUUGUGGCUGGAGCCCCAUAAAACGUUGAUAGUGGAACUCUGGUUACAAAGUCUUUUGGUUCUGACACUCACAUGGAUGAGGCCUAACAUGCUGUAUUGAUGCCCAUGUUUGAAGUUGUAAGCAUUCAGAAGGAUUUGCACACUGCAGUGCAUAUUUUGAGAAAGGGACUCGAUGGGGCAUUUUGUCAUAUAAAUUUGCAAGCAAUGUUAUCCUGUGUAUUUGUGGCUAGAGAAUUCAAGUCUGAGUGUCCACAAAUUUUACAAUUAGCCACUUAUUUGCAUAUACGUGAAAUUAAAGGCCAUAAAGUGCAGGCUGUGGUAUUGUGUAACUCAUUCAACAUAUAGUCUUAAACAUUUGAUGAAGCACAUUUUAAAUUGGUGGGAAUUAAUAAGCAACGAUGUACCUCAGAAAGCCAUUUCUUACAUUCUGGUACAAGUACAGUUGAUUGAUAAAGCUCUACACAGUCAAAUGACAGAUCUCCAAAGGGCAAAAUGGAAAAUCUCUAUGCUUGAUUUGUAGACACAACAGUGUUGGUUGAUGAAGCUCCAUUAACAUAUCAUAGGCGCAUCAAUGUAGCAUGUCAUGGAGUUCAAGAAACAAUAUUGUGAAGCAGUGGCACACAGCACACCAAGGAAUUUAUGACCAGUGAACUCAGUUUUUCAAUUUCGAGCCUAGAAUUUGCAUCCAACAUUUACAUGUAAUUCCAGAUUUUUGAACCUUUUGUGUGCUGUGACUUGUGUAUAGCCAUGAAGCUUUCGGGAGUAUGCAUUUUUUUUUC